AAAAUUAUUUUAUUAGUAACAUAUAUGUAUAUGACAGGAUUGGAUCCGAAAAUUUUGGAACAAAAGUGGAAGUUACAAAAUUAUUUUAUCGAGAUGGUUAUAUGAUAUAUUUAGAUAAUCAAUUAGAUGCAGUUAUAUUUUAAGUUGGACUGGACUAAUAUCAAUGGGACAUGUUCUUGUUUUAAUAGUAUUGAUAUAAAUUUCAUAAUUUUUAAAAAUUAUCUAUAACUUAUUAAAAUUAAAUCAUUUUAAAUAUAUUCAAAUUCUGUUCAACACACCCCAUAUAUGUAGAUCUUGAAGAGCGUUUAAAUACGACGGCCUAAUUGAAAUCCAGCCCGUUUGGAGUCAAUGUUUCUGUUUAUUUGACCAGUUACUUGGACCAAGUCUGCUAUUUGUUUAACCAGCUUUUCAAUUGACUUAAUUAAAAACAAUAAUAUAGUUAUUUAAUUAUUGUCGUUGUACGAAAAUUCAUCAGGCAAAAGAGAUAGAUAAUAAUUUAGGUUAUAUUACGUCAUAAUGGAAUAGUAAAAUGAUAUAAAUUUGUUGACAAGUAAAAGGUUAUAAUUGAAUUGUUUUCCUUCUACAAACUUUUUUAAAACUCAAAAGAAUAUUGUUGUCUGCCGUAACACACCAUGUUUAUUGCAAAGUCAAGGCUUUGAUCGAGUCUCCUACUUUAUCAUCUUACAGGAAAAAAAACAUAUAAAAACAAAAGUCUAAACAUCUUCCAAUUCUUUUCCAUUUUCUCAAAAAUAUAUGUUUUCCAUUUGUAUUUAUAUAUACCAUCAUAAUAUUCUACCAUCUCCAAUUAGAAACAGUUAACUCAAAAACGCUUCAGUUAUAUCUCUUUUCCUCUGUUUUUGAUUUUUCUCUCUCUUUCAUUUUUCCCGGGAAACAACAAUCCGAGGAACACACCAGUAAGGUAGAUCCAUCUACCAAAACCCAUCGUGUAAUCCAAUCAGUGUAUUCAGACAUGAGUUUAGUCAACGGGAGAGCGUUGACCUCUCUCCUCGCGGCGUUGACCAUCAUCGCUAUCGCCAUGGUGGUCGUUGACGCGAGGUUCGUGGUGGAGAAAGAGAGCAUAAGAGUUCUAAACCCGGAGGAGAUGAGGUCGAAGCACGACGGGUCGAUCGCCAACUUCGGGUUACCCGACUACGGCGGGUUUCUAAUCGGAGCAGUGGUUUACCCGGAUAGUAAAACCGACGGUUGCUCUGCUUUUGGUAAAACCUUCAAGCCCAAGUUUCCUCGGCCCACUAUUCUCCUUCUCGAUCGUGGAGGUUGUUACUUUGCGUUAAAGGCAUGGAACGCGCAGCAAGCAGGAGCAGCAGCUGUUCUCGUCGCAGACAACAAAGACGAGCCGUUGCUAACAAUGGACUCACCCGAAGAGAGCAGAGACGCGGACGGGUUUAUAGAGAAGCUAACAAUCCCCUCGGUGCUAAUCGAGAAAUCAUUCGGAGACAGCUUAAGAGAAGGGUUUAAGAAAGGCAAAAACAUAGUCUUGAAGCUAGACUGGAGAGAAUCUGUUCCUCAUCCUGAUCAGAGAGUUGAGUACGAGCUCUGGACUAACAGCAACGACGAGUGUGGCGCACGGUGCGAUGAGCAGAUGGAUUUCGUCAAGAACUUCAAGGGUCAUGCUCAGAUACUCGAGAAGGGAGGUUUCACGGCGUUUACGCCGCAUUACAUCACUUGGUUUUGUCCUUUUCAGUUUGUGAACAGUCCGCAGUGUAAGUCUCAGUGUAUAAACCAUGGGAGGUACUGUGCUCCUGACCCUGAGAAGAAUUUCAGAGAAGGGUAUGAAGGGAAAGAUGUUGUGUUUGAGAAUCUGAGACAGCUUUGUGUGCAUAGAGUUGCUAAUGAGAGUAGCCGUUCUUGGGUUUGGUGGGAUUAUGUUACUGAUUUUCACGCUAGGUGUUCAAUGAAGGAGAAGAAGUAUAGCAUAGAGUGUGCUGAAAAUGUCAUCAAAUCUCUGAAUUUACCCAUUGAGAAGGUCAAGAAAUGCAUGGGGGAUCCUGAGGCUGAUACCGACAACGAAGUUCUGAAAAUGGAGCAAGUAGUUCAGCUUGGUCGCGGAGAGCGAGGAGAUGUUACUAUAUUGCCAACAUUAGUCAUCAAUAACGCCCAAUAUCGAGGGAGACUGGAGAGAACAGCUGUUCUGAAGGCGAUAUGCGCUGGAUUCAACGAGACAUCAGAUCUUCCCAUUUGCUUAAACACAGGUUUAGAGACUAAUGAAUGUCUUGAAAAUAAUGGUGGUUGCUGGCAGGAUAAAAGAGCAAACAUGACUGCUUGUAAAGACACUUUCAGAGGAAGAAUCUGUGAGUGUCCAGUUGUAAAAGGUGUUCAGUACAAAGGAGACGGUUACACUUCAUGUACACCGUAUGGGCCUGCUAGGUGUACUAUUAACAAUGGAGGUUGCUGGUCUGAUACAAGAAAUGGAGCAACAUUCUCUGCUUGCUCAGACUCUAUGUCUACUGGCUGCAAAUGUCCUCCAGGUUUUAAAGGCGAUGGACUCACCUGUGAAGAUAUCAAUGAAUGUAAAGAGGGUUUGGUGUGUCAAUGCAGCGGUUGCAAAUGCAGGAACACAUGGGGAGGACACGGCUGUAGUUGUUCUGGUGAUCGCCUUUACAUAUCCGAUCAAGAUACUUGUAUAGAGAGAAAUGGAUCCAAAACAGCAUGGUGGCUCACACUCUUGAUACUAGCAAUCGUCGCAGUAGCGGGUUUAGCUGGUUAUCUAUUCUACAAAUACCGGUUCAGGUCUUACAUGGAUUCAGAGAUUAUGACGAUAAUGUCACAGUAUAUGCCACUUGAGAGCCAAAGAGCUCGUGAAGUUCCAUCAGAAGCUGAGCCGUUCACACACAACUCUACAGCCUAAUAUUAUACUAUGACCAAAGGAGCCAUACCUGUCCUGUAGUUGUAUUAUUUCAGGAACAGAUUCACAAAGAAAUUGUCUGAGAUCACUCACUGUAUAUAUAUGAUAUACCUUGUAAAAAUAAAAGAGUGAGAUAGAGAAAUGUCUAUUUAAAAUAUCAAAGUUUGGGGACAUAUUUGUGAGAAAAGAAACAAAAGGUAGAAUAGAAGUUGUGCUUUCAUUGA